UUGUAAAUUUUCCGGACAUUUUCACAAACCUUUUCGGGGCUUUUGUAAGAGUAAACCUCUCAAUGAUAACUUUAACACUUUGGCUGCUACAGACCUUAUUUUUCAAGUUUCUUCAGGAGUUUACGUCCUAUCUUCCUUGUUGCUCCGUGUUCAGAAAAAAGUUAUUUUACAAAAAAUUUGAUAUAUUUAGAUUGUGAACCUGUUAAUGCAGUACAAUGUGUUUUACCUUUAUUACAGCCUGCCUCUAUGUGGCAAGCUACCGGUUAAUUUUAAGGCGUUGGGAAAAGUAUGGCCCUGAGUUAUUCCAACUUAGAGAUCGUAACGAUAAAAGCUUUUGUUUAGCACCUACUCACGAGGAAUUAGUUACCGCUUACGUUUCAACUCAGUUGUGCUCUUAUAAGCAGUUACCCGUUAAAUUAUACCAAAUUGAAAAAAAAUUCAGAGAUGAGCUGAGACCAGCUUAUGGUCUUUAUCGUAGCCGCGAGUUUCUUAUGAAAGAUCUUUAUUGCUUUGAUAGAAAUUCGGAGUCAGCGCUGGCGACUUAUAAUAUAAUAAAGCAGACAUAUCUCUAUAUUAUGAAAAACCUCGGUCUUGUUUCAGAAUUUGUUCCUGCUAAACCAGAUCUUAUGGGAGAGACUACUUCUCACGAAUUAGUGACCGAAUUUCAUGCUGGCCGCCAGAAGCUGGUUACCUGCGAAAGGUGUUCUUCUACAACCUUCUUUGGAAAAGAAGAUGUUUGCGUAGUUUGCAAAAGCAAAAUGCGUAUGUGGAACGGCGUGGAAGUGGGCCACUUGUUUCUUCUUUCCUCUUCCUACGUUGAUUCCUUCUCUUGUCACUUUGUGGAUGAAUCGGGCGUACGGCAGCCUCCUAUCAUGAGCUGCUAUGGCCUCGGCAUCUCUCGCCUGCUAGCAGUGCUGGCCGACAUCUAUAGCGAUUCGGAAGGGUACAGGUUUCCGCUGAGCAUUGUGCCUUACAAAGUCGCUAUUACGCAUUACGGACAGAAAAAACAGGACGACAUUGCCAUUUUCGAAAACUUGUGUAUUUCCGUAUGCAACAGACUUCUAGCGGCCCUGCCCGAUCUGGUGGACGAAGUUAUUGUCGAUGACAGGCACUACAUGAACCCCUCCCAAAAGAUAGCAGACCUCCGUGGUUUGGGCUUUCCAGUUAUAGUAGCACUUGGACGAGAAAUGCUCAGAAGCGGGCAGGAGGCGGUGGAGGUCCGCCUACGCAGGGAUAGGCGCAAGAUCUACAUACCAUUUGAUGCUCUGGACACUUUGGUGGAGGUGGUGAGGAGAGAAGUCGUCGUAUGACUCCCGUUAGAGACACCGCAAACUGCUUUAAUGCAUGCUAUAACUCAAUUUU